GAACUGUAGAUUACACAGGCAGACGAGUGAGCAUGACUUUUAAACAUGGAUCAGUCAUUUGUAAACGUCAAUGGACAGGGGAUAAGACAAUGACGUCGACGGGUUACAGAUACUUGGACAAAAUCAACUGAACAACGAAACAACAGUUUUAAAGGCGUUCUAACUUCUGUUGUGAAUAUGUUGAUUCAGCUCACAUUCAGGAUGAAGAUUUCAAUCAUGUUUGAUACGCUUCACUUUUGUAGAUACCAUGCCUAAUGCAUCUACUGUAUUUCUUAUUGGGAAAUAUUAACGACAGCCUAUAAUGCAACUAAAUAUUUGUUUAAAAUGAGUAACAACACUGUGACCGGGAGGAUCAUGAUCCCGACUAUACCGUCCAUCAUGUUUAUUUUCGGUGUGGUGGGAAAUGUCAUUGCCAUCGUGGUACUCUGCAAAUCCAGGAAAGAACAGAAGGAGACCACGUUCUACACGCUGGUAUGCGGUCUGGCGGUUACAGACCUUUUGGGGACACUCCUAGCCAGUCCCGUCACCAUCGCAACCUAUGUGAAAGGCUCGUGGCCAGGCGGGGAGCCACUGUGCCAGUAUUUUGGAUUCAUCAUGCUUUUCUUCUCUCUAGCGGGGCUCAGCAUUAUAUGCGCUAUGUCCGUGGAGAGAUACUUGGCGAUAAACCACGCGUAUUUCUACAACGACUAUGUGGAUCAGAGACUGGCGGGCAUGACGCUUCUGGCUAUUUACAUCUCCAACGUGCUUUUCUGCGCUCUACCUAGCAUGGGUCUGGGACAAGUCAAAAAGCAGUACCCACAAACCUGGUGCUUCAUAGAGUGGCGGAGCAACGUGAGUACCGAUGCCGCCUUUUCAUAUAUGUACGCGGGGUUCAGUUCGAUUCUAAUUCUAGCCACAGUUAUCUGUAACGUUCUGGUAUGCGGUGCUCUGAUUCGAAUGCACCGGCGGUUUGUCCGGAAGAUGUCAUUGUGGACAGACCCCGGACGAAACACAGAACCGAGAAGGAGACGCAGCUUCGGGCAUCUGGCCGGCGCAGAGAUCCAGAUGGUGAUUGUACUCAUUUGUACCUCAGCGGUGGUGCUUAUAUGCUCCAUUCCACUUGUUGUGCAAGUGUUUCUGAACCAGAUUUAUAAGACUCCGGUGGAGCUGAGACUGGAGAAGAACCCAGAUCUACGGGCGAUCCGCUUCGCCUCAUUCAACCCCAUCCUGGACCCCUGGAUCUACAUCCUCCUCCGCAAGGCCGUGCUCCUCAAGCUCAUUGAGCAGAUCAAGUGUCUGUUCUGUAAGAUAGGAGCACAGAGACAGCAGAGACAGGGAGCACAGAACUGCCACUGCAUUGAUGAACACCAGCUCCACUCCAUCAUCUCUUCACAAGAGUUCCCGUCAUUGGUGUCCCGUGAGCUGAAGGAGGUGUCCAGCACCUCUCAGGUCGUCCUCUACCUUCCUGAUGGAAGCUGUCAUCACACAGGAGAGCAGGUUGGGCUCCGCAAUUCCUCUGUCCAAGACCCCCAAAGUUCUUAUUUGUCAGAACAGAGUACAGAGGAUGGGAGGAGGAUGGGAGGAGAGAGGUGACAAACCUAACCAGGGACCCCUCUGGUGUGGGAGGACAGACCACUCAGUCAUGUGUGAAAGAACAGGCUCUUCAUGUGUUGCUAAGUAAUGAGACGGUACAGGAGAAAUGCAUAUAGAUCUUGUGUAUUUGGAAUCCCAUGAACGGUUACUUCAACUAAGACUCCUCAUAUUAUUGUGAAGUUUCUGUGAGUCAGAGGGAUGUCCACACAUACAUUGACAACACUGCCUUCAGACUGCCAAAGAUGGCUUUUCAGACAGCUUCUGCUCUCCUAAGGGACUUAUUCGGUUAGCGGAAGUGUUAGUGCCAACAGAAAUAGAUUGGCUCCCAGGAUGACUCAUUUGACAUCCUCUAAAGACAAGGAAUGGCACAUUUAAACAAUGUUGAAAAGCUUUUGGUAAGCCAGACAGGAGGAAGGACAAACAAGAGAGAGACAACUGUGAGAGAGAGAGAGGAUGUCUGCUCCACUUUGAUGUCAAGCUACCUCGACCAGAAACAUCAAUGUUUGUUUGUUUUUCCUGUCUUCUCGCACAGGUCAGAGAGCAAGGCAGUAAGAGCAGAGCAGCUUCUCCAUGGCCUAAAGGGGCAUUGGCUGUACACUGUAGCUAAACAGUUUAACACUAGCUUCUUUCAAUCAUUGUAAAAACUGUGAGUUAGUAUUUAGAGUAUUUAAGCUACAAUGAUUGAGAUGUACAGAAUAGUUAUUUCGAUUCAUUGAAAGGAAUGUAGUAUAGGGCCUGUCAUUACGUGCCAAACUGCCAUGAAACCAAGGAAAAGUCAGUUCUCACAAAACGAUAUGUCUGUAGAAGGUUUGCUGUUCAGAGAUACACUUCACUUGACUGUUUUGCAUCACAUAAUAGCUUUAGAGAGUUAAUGUAUAGUGCAGUAUUGUCUGUAAUUUGCCAAACUCUGUAUAUGUAUUUCUAUUACUCUGGUAUCAGUUUUUGAACGUUUAUCAGAUUAUCAGUAAUUCACCUAAGUAUUGUCAUUGUCAUUAUUUAGUGAUUUACGCAAUCAGCCUGGUCUCAUGUAUACUAGUAUACAUAAACCAGGGACACCAGAUUAGUAUGACAUGUUAUGUUUGGUAUGAUUACAUAAGACAGAAGGUUACUUAAGGAAAAAUGAAAGGAGGGCGGUUAGUUGGCGGUGUAUAAAGCAAACGUCUAGCGCGAACGUCUAGCGCGAACGUCUAGCGCGAACGUCUAGCGCGAACGUCUAGCGCGAACGUCUAGCG